UCAGCGAGGAUGUUGUUGGCCUAUAAAAGCUAAUUUCAUUGGCUGCAUACAGACUCAUUCAGCUGGACAACAACAUUGCAGCCUGCAAGCAACAUCAGCACCUCAGGCAUCAUGGACGUAAGUAACCCCUCACAAUAUCAGAUGGCAGCACAGCAUGCUGAUGUUCUGUGUGGCAGCUGCCCGCCUGGUUCUCCCCCACAGACUAGCGCCUUGUGGCCUGCUCAGGUUUCUGGGACCACGUUCCCUUCAUGGCCCGGACAAGCCACCCAGGUUGCCCAACCCGCCUUUCCUCCUCAGCCGGCUCCAUGCUGGACCGGCCAGCCUAACUCUCCCUGCUGGCUUGGAACUCAACCGUUACCAGUCUCUGGAGUCACCCCUGUUCCAGUCCCGCCUCAGACUGUAACACCCUCCCCUUCCCCAACCACAAACAUGAUCCCGGCUCCUGCUCAGACCACUGUUCCAUCUUCGAGUCCUAACUGCCAGCCUUGUUGGCCAGGCACCCAGUACCAGCCUCUCCAGCCACCGUCUCCUGUUCAUCCCAUGGUUCCCUACCAGGUUCCAGGUGUAUCUCCUGUUCCUGUACCACCAGCACCAGCCCCUGUUUCUGUUCCUGCACCUGCUCCUGUUUCAAACCUACAUCCAAAUAUGCCAGGUUGGGCCACCCACCCAGGUUGGCCUUACAACCCAGGACAAUCAGGAUGGCCCGGUCAGAACCCGUCCUUGGUGCCCCAACACUGGCUUCCGCCCACAUCUGGACCGCUGAGUGUUCCCUACAACCUGAACCUGUCCAGAGGAGUGUAUGACAAGAUGAUGAUGACCCUCCUGGGCCAAGUGAAACCAAACGCUAAGAUGUUCACGGUGAACUUCCUGAGAGGAAACGACAUUGCCUUCCACAUCAACCCUCGCUUCAGUGAGGGCGGAAAACAGGUGCUGGUGCGCAACCACAAAGUGGGCGAGCGCUGGGGGUCCGAAGAGCGAGACUUGAAGGGACCUUUCCCCUUCGCCCUCGGUAGCCCCUUUGAGAUGAAGAUCCUGUGCACACAGGAGUCGUUCCGCGUAGCGGUCAACAACAUUCCGCUGUUUGAGUUUCGACACCGCGUCAGAGAGCUCAACCAGAUCAACCGCAUCAACAUCCUGCACGAUGUCGUCCUUACUUUCAUUCACGUUGAGACGCUCCCGUAGGACGCGCCGAAUCAUAUUGUCCACACAUACAAAGUGUGAUCGUAUUAUUAAAGACAUGCAGAACUUCAACUACUUUAUUAAUAAGAAUACUACAUUGUGAAUUCUUCUUUAUAUUGGGAUUCAAUAAGAAUAAUGAUAAUAUGAGCUGAGCCCUUUCACAAUUAAAUCACUAAGUACUAAUAUUGCUAUUUAUAAAUAUAAACACAGCUUUGUUUUUAGCGUGUGCUUUCUACAUUUAGUGUGUACAAUAUUUUAUGGUAUUAUAACAAUUAAACUGCCUCAAGCUGUUA